AUGGACACCCAACCGGUGGUUCAGUUACCAAAUCUGCAGGACAUGGCUGCUAUUCAUCGGCAAACUUGCGGGUUCCACCCCGUAGACUCGCCCAACUGCAAUGUCCACACCCUGAAAGGCGAGGCAUGCCGCUAUAAAGGCAGAAAUGGGAUUGAACCAGAUGGAACCAUUCCAGGAAGACUGCCAGUAUGUGGGAUGCAUCGUCCCUUUGCUCCAUCAUCUGCUCGUUGUAAGGCGAUAUUGCCUUGUGGCUUUGAGUGCGGGAGAUUGUUCAAAUGGAGCCCCGGUGAAGUUAGGCUCUGCCCUGAUCAUGAUGAUAUGUCUCAGCCAUGCUACUUCAUGAUGAUCCCAGCAGAACUGCGAAUGAAGAUUUACCAGCAGCUGUUUCUCGAACCGCAGACCGAUAAGCGGCCAUAUUCUGAUUCCCGCAGCAGCAAAGGCAAUCGGACCAGCAUUCUCCGCGUCAACCGCAAAAUUAAUGAAGAAGCUACGUCGGUUUUCUAUGGAUACCCCAAGUUUACCAUUGAGGUCGGCCCUGAUCAUAUGCACAUGUCUGGCGAUCUGUGGAACUGGAAAUACUACAAAAACCUGUUGAUUGAGAAGGCUCGCCUAAGCAAAUCAGAAAACUCUUCGGAUCGCCCCGUUGCCCUUCUAGGAGCUCCCUCGCACCCUUUUCUCAAAUGUACUACCAUAAGCCUGCCAAUGGGCGUGGCCAACUUUUCAAAAAUGAGAUCUUUCCACAUCCACAUUCACCUCAACCACCCUCAGAAGAAGGGUCAGGGCCGGUCCAACUUAGCUAAUGUGUCAUUGCAAUACACCUGGGAGCGAGAAAUGCAAACCAGUUAUCAUAUGGUUGCUGACAAUUUACAAAAGCUGGAAGUCUUUCUGAAGUUAGUGAAACCUAACAUUCACACCUUAUCAAUCUCAAUCCAGAUCGACUACAACUUCACCGGGAAGCUGUCUGAUUGCCUGAGAUACCCCGUUCACGUUCUCCGCUGGCUCAGCCGCCUCCGAUCCGUUACCAAUGUGUCUGUCGAGACCGUUGAGUGGGGAAAUGAGACUUUCAGCGUUCUCCCGCACGUUAACUACCAGCCGUCUCCUUCCCGACCCACACUUAUCCCUCUCAACACCACCCAGAUACCCAAGGAAGAAAUGAAAAAGUAUAAUACAUUCCGAGCAAAGAUUGCUAUCUGGGAGAGCCUGGUUUCUACCACAGACAAGUGUGCAACCAACACUCGCAUCAUGAACGCCUACUGGAGACUAGAAAACUUGCUCUGGAUCUUUCAGACUGCUGGAGUCCGCCAGUUUCGAGAAAAUGAUGACACUCUGCCUGAUCUUCUUUAUAAAGCUAGAUGCGCGCUUCAUAAUGAUGAUAUGGGUGGCAUGAAUGAUGCGGCGAUUGAAGCGGUGAGAUACUGGUCUGACCACAUUGACAUGGAGAGAGACUUAAGACGUUGGGCUUGGAAAGAGUUCCUCAUGGUAAACACCCUGACUGCACCGAAUACACCCUCUACCCUCGGGGAGUUACUGGAGAUGUUGAAAGAUGCAGGUAUCAGUAGCUCAGUCCUCCCCCAGGUUCCAUUGAGACCUGCUGGCCUAUCAGCACCAUAG